UGCCUGCCUUCCCAACGAUGCCUUGCUCCCUAAAAUCUGGGGAAUUCCUAUCGGGUAGGUGCAUCCAUGUCAUGUAUAACUAAGAGUUAAAUCCACUUUCGAUGGUUAAUAAUUCAAAAAAAGUAAAUUAAUCCCUGAGAUUUGCGAUAUAUAUCAUAUCUCACUUCUCACCAACACGGUGACCUAUCGCCGCCAUUAUUACAAACACCCUACAAGGAAAAUCGCAGGGGUGAUAUACGACAUACCUAACCUACCAAGGUAGGCAAGCAGUUCAAGAUGGCUUUCACAAUGCACUCCCACUCGGGACAAUUCUGUCCAGGCCAUGCAAAAGAUGACCUCGAAGACAUCGUCAAGCACGCCAUCGGCCUCGGCUAUACCACCAUGGGACUCACCGAGCACAUGCCCCGGACCAGCCUCGAAGACUUAUAUCCGGAAGAGCUCGACGACCCCGAAGGCUCCCUCGCAGUCCUCUUCCCGCGGCACUCGGCCUACCUCCUCGAGGCGCAGCGGCUGCAGACCAAGUACGCCCCGCAGAUCCACCUGCUGAUCGGGUUCGAGGGCGAGUGGCCGCGGCCGGGCUACGAAGCCGUCGUGACGCAGCUCGCGACAUCUUCCGUCGUGGACUACUUCAUCGGAUCACUACACCACAUCGACGCCGUGCCCAUCGACUACGACGCCACAUACUACGCGCGCGCCGUCGCCUCAGCCGGCGGCACCGAGGAGCGCGCCUACGCGCGGUACUACGACCAGCAGCACGCCAUGCUCUCUGCCCUGCGCCCCCGCGUCGUCGGCCACUUCGACCUCGUGCGCCUGCUCUCCUCCGACCCCGGCCGCGACAUCCGCGCCUCCUGGCCGGGGGUGUGGGACCGCAUCGUGCGGAACCUGCGGCUCGUCGCCGGCUACGGCGGGUGGCUCGAGUGCAACAGCAGCGCGCUGCGCAAGGGGCUCGCGGAGCCGUACCCAAGCCGCCAGAUAGCCGAGGAGUGGCUCGGGCUCGGCGGCAGGUUCACGCUGUCCGAUGACAGCCACGGCAUCGCGCAGCUCGGCACCAACUACGCCCGCGCCCUCGACUUCCUCGCUAGCCUGGGCGUUAAGAGCCUGUGGACGCUACGCAGGGAGCCGCAUCCGGAUCCGGAGCCAGCUGCCGCCGUCGAGAAAGACAAUACGAAAGCUAGGCUGGUUGAGGAAGAAGUCUCGCUGGAAAGCGUGCGUGCUGUUGUUAGUAAAUGGUGAUAUGACGAUGUAUCGGCCAUGGUUCGCAAGCAGCAGCAGCAGCAGCAAAGAGGGAUACUUGCUAUCUAUG